UCUACUUAAUCCACUGUCAAAUCAUUGUAUUCUUUCUGGAUUUCUACUAAUGAUUAAUUGCACUAUUGCACAGCAUAUAUAUCCCCUCAGGAUAAAUGCAACGCUGUAAAAGAUAAUCAUAACUGAAAUAACAGUAACAAAAACCCUAAAACAAAAUACAUAAGCCUAUUUGCCGGUGCCGAUUUGACCUCCCUCAUUCAGCCCGACAGCCCCUUUCAGUCCCGGCCUCCCUUCCUUGCUUCGCCUUCGGCCACUAGCACUCCUCCCUUAGUCCCUUGGCUUGCUUGCUCUACCCACAGCUGAGCCCCUUGUAUUCACUGAAUCACUAGAUUUCCCAUACUGCCAUAUGGAAGCAUUAUAGAUUUUUAGGGAAUUUUGCGGAUUCAGAGUCAGAUAAGGAAUGGAAGGUGAAGAAGAGAAGAAAUUAAAAGAAGAAGCGAAGUAUAAGAUUUUCCAAAUUUAUAAAGAUUUUUUGACAGGGGUGGCAAAGCUUGAUGAAUUGGUGCCUGUUGGAGGCAGACUACUUGCGGGCUUUCAGCAAGGACUAGAGUUUCUUCGACGCCCUCCAAUAAAGAAGACAUCCAAAUUGAUUGAGAACAUUCUUAAAGCCAAUGAAACCAAGAGGUUAAAUUCGUACCUUGAAGCUGGUUGUAUUAACAGUCAUGACCGUGUAGAAAAUACGAGCAAGUUACACACAUGCCUACAUGGACUACAUGAUCAUUUGAGUAAAGUGAAAAGCAUACUGAAUGAACUCGAAUGCCUCCUGGGAGUUGCCACAGCUGCACUACAAAUGGCAAAUGAACAUUUGUCUCCAUUGAUGGACAUGGAAUCUGUUGUCGGACUAGACCCACAAGAAAGUAGUGGAGAAGAUGAGAUGACUUCAUCUCGUCUUCGAGAACCUGAAGUGACGGAUUAUGCUGCCGUCAUGGGGAUAAUUUAUAGUAUGGUGAAGCAAGAUUAUACAAUGCAGAAUAAGAUUGUUACCUCUUUAAACCUCAAGUCAUCAUCAGAAGAGCUAGAGAGCUAUUCCUUGAUGUGGUCAUUGCGACCUUAUGUCAAUGAUCAAACUAUGAAGCUAGCUUGGAAACUUGUUCCUUGAAACAUAUUUGUGUUUUGUAAAGAACCCGAAAAUGGAAUUUAUGUUGACCCAAGCACUGCAUUGCUAUAUGCGCAAAUCAACCAUGGCAUCUCCAUAGCAUGAGACCAGGACAUGGGACACAAGUUUCUGGCACCAAAAAAGAGGUUGUUCGGUAAAACCUACAGUGGAGCUGUAUUUGAUCGAAUUGUCAAGUACGUUUAUAUGUUCUUCUGAUCAUCUUACAAUGUAUCAUUUGUUUAUCUCGGAAGCAUUGACGAUAUAUUAAUCAAAACCUUUUUUACUGUUCAAAAGAA